CAUUGCCACACCAACAUCCAAGCGGAACAACGACAUUGUCCAGCCGCGGAACUACUCCCAGAGUGUUGAACGAUAUAGUAUUCUCGCAAGAAUCAACAUGCAACUGUGCAAUGCACCUCGCGUUUCGCUCUUGUCCGAGAUGUUCUCUCUGGAGGACAGCGAAGCGGACGGCCACGGCGGGAGCAGCAGCAACAAUAGCAACAACAUCAACAUCAACAACAACAGCAACAGCAACAAGAAGCGAUCGGGCAACCGGUGCGAUCCGCACCCAGAACACGAUCGCGAGCUUUUCCACGAAUGGGAAGGACCGUCCACGGGGUCUCCCUGGGCUGCGAGGCAAGAAGCCUUCCUGCCGGCCACCGAGCCCGAACAGGUUGCUCUUUCCGUGACCGCAUCGUACUCCACUUCCCCGAGUUCCUCGUUCGGGAUCCCCCCUUGGUCGUCGCCAAUGGUGCCGCCGCCAUCGCCGCCACCGGAAGAAGCCCACCCUCCACUGGUGCUGUUUUCGAGAAGCAGCAGAAGCCAACCAAGCACGAAGGACCUUCCCGUCCUCCGACCCCGCAACGCCCUUCGGAACGCCCCUCCCGCCGUUUGUCCGGGGCAAAGGAUUCGAAGGAGCAGUCCCACCGAGAAGAUCCGUAGCCCCCCGGGCGGCCUUUCGCGGGACGAAAACGGGAACAAUCAGCAGUUUCCGCAGCAGCAGCAGCAGCAGCGACAAGAAGAGCAACAAGCACGAGCAAAGAGCUCGUGUCCAGAGACGUCCUUGUCCCUGUCCUUGUCCUUGGGCACCCUGGCCCAGGAGUACGAAAAAGACACGCUGCGGAUGCUGGAACGCAUCCAGAAGUCGCGCUCCUUCGAGCAAACGGCCAAGCAAAAGAAGCAGGAUCUGCGACCCGGGAACUGCCCCGCCGCAAAGACGAGAACAAGAACGCCGACAAGGACUGCCCCCACCUCGUUUCUCCAGCACCCACAACCCCCCGUGGAAUCCAUCGCGAGCGAGGCGGCGCCGUGGAAGGAAAACCGCGGCGUGGACAGCCAAAAGCCCGGCGACUUUUACAUUGGAGACGAAGAGGCCGGCGACGGCUUUCUCGCCGGUGGCCACGCUCCCGCGCAGCAGCCGCAAGAGACGACUCUGCUUCUUGGCCCGGGAGGCGUCGGGCACGAGCACGAGCGCGAAACCGGGGAAGACAUUUUUGAACUCGACCUCUAGGAUUCCGGGCAUUCCUUCCGUCCGCACAAGACAAACGCUCCAUAGACCGGGGACAUUUCAUAAACACACAUACAUCGCUUCCAAACGCCAUCGCCGCCGCAUCGCAUCUUUGGAUGCAUCGCUACCACCGUCUACAAUUUUUACUGCACCGCGAGCAAGGCAUUUGCUCCAACACUCAUUCCACUCCACGGACCACACAGAACCCCCAACACCGAUAGACCCCUCUGCACGCACUCCGAGCACGCCGCCUCGGUUGCAUGAUGCACUUCGCUACACUAUUUUUGGAAACCAAUCUCGCAACGACACAAAACAAAUGAAAAACGAACACAUGGUUCGUCUAGAAAAAACACAAACCACGAAAUAAUAUAUUAUACAUAAAAUAAAUCAUUACGACGCUACUGUGGGACAACUCGGAGUUUUUCGUUUUCGAUGCAAUCCACCAUUGGAAAAGCCUUUGCUGUACCCAUGCUAUGCUCGCACAUUCCAUCGAAGCGUACGGUACCCGUACCUCCAAAGCUCUAACGCGGAACAAACCGCACGGCACGCC